CCAGCCAGCGCCCGGCGCCUUUCGGUGGCAGCUCAACUCCGGCUCUCCUGGAGGGGUGCUGCCCGGAGAUCUCUUUACUCCCACUUUUGCCCCGCCAUCACUUCGACUCCAGCAGGUCAAAUGGGCUUGGUCCGGUGGUACCACUGCCUGCGCCUUCCUUAGCUGGGGACGGAUGCCCCAGAACCUUCAAGAGAACCGCCACACCUUCCCCCGCCACCGCUCCAGUGGCCACGGCGACCGUAAAGGCCCCAAAGCCGCUGCAGCUGCCGCAGCAGCCAUGUACACCUUCCUGCCUGACAACUUCUCUCCUGCCAAACCCAAGCCAGCCAAAGAGCUGCGGCCUAUGCUGGGCUCUGCGGUCCUGGGGCUGCUGCUGGUGCUGGCUGCCGUGGUGGCCUGGUGCUACUACAGCGCCUCCUUACGCAAAGCCGAGCGGCUGCGGGCCGAGCUGCUGGACCUCAACCGCGGCGGCUUCUCCAUCCGCAACCAGAAGGGCGAGCAGGUCUUCCGCCUGGCCUUCCGAUCCGGUGCCCUGGACCUCGACUCCUGCAGCCGCGACGGCGCCGUCCUCGGGUGCACCCGCACGGCCGAUGGACGCCCACUGCACUUUUUCAUCCAGACGGUGCGGCCCAAGGACACGGUCAUGUGCUACCGCGUGCGCUGGGAAGAAGCGGCUCCGGGCCGGGCCGUGGAGCACGCCAUGUUUCUUGGCGACACGACGGCCCAUUGGUACGGCGGCGCGGAGAUGAGGACCCAGUACUGGCCCAUCCGCCUGGAGGGGCAGCAGGAGCCUCAGCCAUUCGUCACGAGCGACGUCUAUUCUUCGGAUGCGGCCUUCGGGGGCAUCCUGGAGCGCUACUGGCUGUCGUCGCGCGCGGCGGCCAUCAAAGUCAACGACUCGGUGCCCUUCCACUUGGGUUGGAACGGCACCGAGCGAUCCAUGCGGCUGCAGGCCAGAUACCACGACACGCCUUAUAAGCCGGCGGCCGGCCGCCCCGCCGCCCCCGAGCUCAGCUACCGCGUGUGCGUGGGCUCCGACGUCACCUCCAUCCACAAGUACAUGGUGCGACGUUACUUCAACAAGCCGUCCCGGGUGCCCGCGCCCGAGGCCUUCCGCGAUCCCAUCUGGUCCACGUGGGCGCUGUACGGGCGCGACGUGGAUCAGGCCAAGGUGCUGCGCUUCGCCCAGCAGAUCCGCCAACACCGCUUCAACAGCAGCCACCUGGAGAUCGACGACAUGUACACGCCCGCCUACGGCGACUUCGACUUCGACCAGGCCAAGUUCCCCAACGCCAGCGACAUGUUCGGCCGCCUGCGCGAGGCGGGCUUCCGCGUCACGCUCUGGGUGCAUCCCUUCGUCAACUACAACUCGUCCCGCUUCGGCGAGGGCGUGGAGCGCGAGCUGUUCGUGCGCGAGCCCACGGGCCGGCUGCCCGCGCUCGUGCGCUGGUGGAACGGCAUCGGCGCCGUGCUCGACUUCACGCGCCCCGAAGCCCGGGAUUGGUUCCAGGGCCACCUGCGGAGGCUGCGCUCCCGCUACACCGUGGCAUCCUUUAAAUUCGACGCCGGGGAAGUCAGCUACCUGCCCCGGGACUUCAGCACCUACAAGCCGCUGCCGGAUCCCAGCGUGUGGAGCCGGCGAUACACCGAGAUGGCGCUGCCCUUCUUCUCGCUGGCCGAGGUCCGCGUGGGUUACCAGUCGCAGAACAUCUCCUGCUUCUUCCGCCUGGUGGACCGCGAUUCCCUGUGGGGCUACGACCUGGGGCUGCGCUCGCUCAUCCCCGCCGUGCUCACCGUCAGCAUGCUGGGCUACCCGUUCAUCCUGCCCGACAUGGUGGGCGGCAACGCGGUGCCCGACCGCACGGUGGGCAACCGCGAGCGGCCCGACCGCGAGCUCUACGUGCGCUGGCUCGAGGUGGCCGCCUUCAUGCCCGCCAUGCAGUUCUCCAUCCCGCCCUGGCAAUACGACGCCGAGGUCGUGGCCAUCGCGCACAAGUUCGCCGCCCUGAGGGCCUCGCUGGUGGCCCCGCUCCUGCUCGAGCUGGCCGGCGAGGUCACCGAUACCGGCGACCCCAUCGUGCGCCCCCUUUGGUGGAUCGCGCCGGGCGACGAGACGGCGCACCGCAUCGACUCCCAGUUCCUCAUCGGGGACACGCUGCUGGUGGCGCCCGUGCUGGAGCCCGGCAAGCAGGAGCGCGACGUCUACCUGCCCGCGGGCAAGUGGCGCAGCUACAAGGGCGAGCUCUUCGACAAGACGCCGGUGCUGCUCACCGAUUACCCCGUAGACCUGGAUGAAGUCGCCUACUUCACGUGGGCCUCCUGACCCCGAGUAGAACCUGGGAACCCCACAGCCCUGGCCACGUCCUCCAUGCAGACUUUUAUUUUUAUUUUUUUAAGCCUCCAUUACACCUGAACCAGGUAGUCCCACCUCUGUGCUACCCACUAAGUGGUACAUAGUAGGCAGGCAACAGCUAAGGGUGGGUGGGGCUUGCAGAGGGGACUCGAAGCCACCCCCUGCUUCAAUGCACAAUCCUAACCGGCUCCUUUCCCUCCACACUCACUCCAAUCUGUGGAAACUUCUUCCCUGGGAUGAAUGGAAGCCAGACAGCCUUUUUCAGAGGAAACAGGUCUGGUUUGUUGGUUUGUUUAAUUCUGUCUCACAGUCCGGUUUUAAAAGCACAUAGACACCUCCCCCCAUCCUCCCACCUUUCCUGCUCUUUGCAGCCAUCUCUGUCCUUCUGAGGUGGGAACAUGAUCCUUUUUAAAAGGAUUAAAAUAGUCCCUGACACAGUUUGAAAGAAUACAUCCUGGUGUCAGAAGCCAGGCCCUGGGUUCUCAGCACAUGCCUGAGCCAUAGUUGACCUGGGCCACUCCAGCAGGGGAGAAGGGGUAAAAGUGACAAGGAGGCCGGUGCCCCUUUCUCAGAGCGCUGGACUGGGCUCUCUGCCUGGAGUCAUCACUGUUGCCCUCUGUUUGGGAAGUGACUCCUAACACUGCACUAACCUAUCUGUGGUCGAACCUGGGUUCAAGCCUGGACCAGAUGUGCCGGAAGGCAGCUUUGUAGGGCCAUGCAGGCCAGACCUGGUGCCUUAACUCAAGAACUUGUGUGUGUGUGUGUGUGUGUGUGUGUGUGUGUGUGUGUGUGUGUGUGUGUGAAUAUACAUGCACCCAUGUCAGAGAGAGAGAGAGAGAGAGAGAGAGAGAGAGAGAGAGAGAGAGAGAGAGAGCACGCAAAGGUCCCUGAGUCUGUGGAAUGAACACACAUCCUUGAGGCUAGAUAAACCUGGAGCCAGGGGCAGGGGGCUUUGAGGCUUUGUUGAGCUGGCCCCUUCCUGGGUGGUUUCCUAGGUCUCUGGUAGGAAAUAAACAGCUCUUUCAAGGUUUCUUAUCUGCUUCACUCAGCACACAUGCUGGGUGUGGCCUAAAAGUGAGCAGUGUUCCUAUUCUGCCAGUGGUGUGUGUGCUUUGGCAAAGGAGCUGCAUGCGCACAGAAACACCUGCCAAUACAUACAAUGGGAAAUCUUUCACCUCCACCGUUUUCCUUUCCUAAGAAGAUCAACUCCAACUCUCACUCUCAGAGUGAGGGAAUCUUUGUUCACUUCUCUAUCCUCUUUAUUUUUUGAUGUGGAAAAUUCCUGAUGGAAGCACUGGUGGAGGGAGGGUGGCUCACAUUCACAUCUCCACUGCCAAUUCUUUUUUUCUCCCCAGUGUUAGGAAUUGAACCCAGAGCUACAAGCAUACUAGGCAAGCACACUGCCACUGAGCUACAUCCCCAGCCCUCCAUUGGCAAUUAUAUCCUUGUUCAUCCAGCUGCGUGACCUUGAAUAAGCUGCUUGAAUAAGAGCUAUAAGCAUACUAGGCAAACGCUCUGCACUGAGCUACAUCCCCAGCCCUCCAUUGUCAAUUCUAUCAUUGUUCAACCAACUGUGUGACCUUGAAUAAGCUGCUUAAUCUUGAUGAGCCUCAAUUUCUUCAUAAGUAAAAAUGAUAAUUAUGCCUACCUCCAAGGUCAUUGUGAGAAUUCUAAGCACACAUGUAUGCAAAGUGCCUGGCACAAAGUAGGUGCUCAAUAAAAGGUAGCUAUUAUAAUACUAAUUCUUGUUUGUUUGCUUUUUUGUGGGACUUUUUGUUU